AAACACACACUUCCAUUUCUCUCUCUCUAUAUAUGUACAAGUACUUGUUAGAGUACUAGUUUGUACACCCUCUCUUUAACAUUUUUACAACACUUUAGUACUAAGUACUUGCUAUUACUAUUGUCCCUUCAAUUAAUGCUUUUUCUGAGAAAUUAAGGUGGUCCGAUCCAAGAAACAUUGAAUCAUUUUCAGUUGCUAGGAUGGCUAACAACCCUUCAGAGGGACCAUCAGAUGAUUUCUUUGAACAAAUCUUGGGAUUCCCUGCAUACAACGGAGCUGAACCCAAUUUGGCGGGAAAUGAUCCAGGAGCUAUACCCCCGGCGAUGAUGCUCCAGUUGAACUCCGGUGAUGGAUCAGGGCAGUUUAGUGGAGUUGGCCUUGGUGUUGGUGUUGGACUAGGUGGGCUUGGGGGUGGGGGGUUCCAUCAUGGAGGGGGUGGUGGUGGUGGUGGUUCAUUUCCAUUGGGGUUGAGUUUAGAACAAGGGAAAGGUGGUGGUGGGUUUUUGAAGAUGGAUGAUGUUUCAGCACCUGGAAGGAGAUUUAGAGAUGAUGUUGUUGAUAGCAGACCUUCUUCUUCUGUUAAACCUGGUUUUCAUGGCCAACCGAUGCCUUCAAUGCCACAUCCCCCUGCAAUACGUCCAAGGGUGAGAGCAAGGCGAGGACAAGCUACUGAUCCACACAGCAUUGCAGAGAGGCUACGCAGAGAGAGGAUAGCAGAAAGAAUUAGAGCAUUGCAAGAGUUGGUUCCAAGUGUCAAUAAGACUGAUAGAGCUGUAAUGCUUGAUGAAAUUGUAGAUUAUGUCAAAUUCCUACGGCUGCAGGUGAAGGUGUUGAGCAUGAGUAGGUUAGGAGGAGCUGGAGCAGUAGCACCACUUGUAACAGACAUUCCAAUAUCAUCAUCAGUAGAGGAAGAGAGUAGUGAAGGUGGAACUAAUAACCAACCAGCCUGGGAGAAGUGGUCAAGUGAUGGCACAGAAAGGCAAGUAGCUAAACUUAUGGAAGAAAAUGUUGGUGCUGCAAUGCAAUUUCUUCAGUCUAAGGCACUAUGCAUCAUGCCUAUUUCUCUUGCAUCAGCAAUUUAUCACUCUCAACCACCAGAUACAUCAAGUCUUGUUAAGCCAGAAACAAAUCCUCCUUCAUAGAGAUACCCUUAGUAGAAAGCUUAAAUGUUAGCAUCCCAGGGCUGCUGAUUUCUUGCUGGAGAUCAACUACCUUAUCCCUCAUGAAUUUCAGUUUUACCAUAGCAGGAUUAUAAUCAUUACAAACACCUGUUUUGCCAUUUCUCAAUGUCUUUUUCUGAUUUUUCUCAGCAGUUUCUGCUUCUGCUAUGUGUACCAACCUUUUGCCGUUACAAGUGUAUUUAUUCGAUGCGCUGUCUACAGACUUGAUCAACUUUUUUUUUUGGGUGUCUCUAUGAUCCUGCUAUGAUGAAGAAGUUGCGCGAGGAGGCUGUUAAAACUACGACAAAAUGAGGUUCUAGCACUUCAAAAGCAAAAUUGUUGAAGACAAAUCAACAUACUCUUAAAAAGAUAUUAUAGUUAUGUAUGUUUCAAAAAGACAUGAAGAUACAUUAAAAUUAUGGUGAAGAUACAUUAUGUCCAUUAGAUCUAUAAAUGAGAUACAUAAGUAGUCUUAUGUAUCUCUUUCAAGUUCUAUCUACAGUAAUAUAUCUCGAAACAAAAAUUAUACAGUGGAAUGUAUCGCAUGAAUUACUCUAUUGAUACAUUUGUGCGUCAA